AUGCAUCAAGGAGCACGUGAUACAAAAUUCUGUUCAAUUUUAAUCUUCAACGUCACCGUGGUCAACCAUUAUCUUCUCGACGAAAUGUUGGCCUGCCGCUCGUUCUCUAGUGUCACUCAAAACACCUUGAAGCGUGUAAACCCCAUAAGACGUUUCGCGUCAGCUCCCCCGACAGCUGCAUUCGCUGGCCAGAAAGGCAGCAACGGGAAAUAUACUGUCACUCUAAUUCCGGGAGAUGGCAUUGGACCUGAAAUCAGCGAAUCUAUCAAAAAUAUUUACGCUGCCGCUAAUGUGCCAAUUCAAUGGGAGGAAGUCAGUGUAACUCCCAUUCUCAAGGGAGGAAAGACUGUGAUUCCGGACACCGCAAUUCAGUCCGUGAAGCGCAACACAGUCGCACUUAAAGGUCCCCUUGCAACUCCUAUUGGAAAGGGCCACGUUUCGUUGAAUUUGACCCUCCGACGAACUUUCAAUCUCUUUGCCAAUGUUCGACCUUGCGCCUCGAUCAAAGGUUUCAAAACACCCUACGAUGACGUCAACACGGUUCUCAUUCGUGAAAACACGGAGGGGGAGUAUUCUGGUAUCGAGCACGAGGUCAUCGAUGGUGUUGUGCAAUCCAUCAAGCUUAUUACUUGGGAUGCUUCUGAACGUGUCGCACGUUAUGCUUUCCAUUACGCUCAGUCCAGCGGACGAAAGCGCGUCACCGCAGUGCACAAGGCCAAUAUCAUGAAAAUGUCCGACGGCAUGUUUUUGUCUGCCUGUCGUGAAGUCUCGAAGGAGUUCCCUGAUGUUGCUUAUGACGAGGAUUUACUUGACCGCGUCUGUCUCCAGAUUGUCACUAACCCCAAACCUUACUCUGACCGUGUGAUGGUCAUGCCCAACUUGUACGGCGACAUCUUGUCCGAUAUGUGUGCCGGAUUGAUUGGCGGGCUGGGCCUCACCCCUUCUGGCAAUAUUGGUCGUGAUGCUUCCAUCUUCGAAGCUGUUCAUGGGUCAGCACCUGACAUUGCAGGCAAAGGCCUGGCUAACCCAACGGCGCUCCUCUUAUCUUCCCUUAUGAUGUUGAGGCACAUGAACCUCAAUGAAUAUGCGGACAAGAUUGAGAAGGCCGCGUUGACGACUAUCGCUGAGGGCAAGACGAUCACCGGCGAUUUAGGGGGCAAGGCAACCACCAAGGAAUAUACCAACGCCAUCGUCCAAAAGCUUUAG